AUGCCUGAUAUACCCGGCGAAGCAUAUCCACAAAACCUGGUACCGAGCCAAGCGAAAAUACAAGAUCUCUUCGCGAGUAUUCAAGACUUGAAACGGGUCUUUACCACCGAGUUGGAAGACAUUAAAGAGAAAUUGAAGGAUCUUACGGCUAAAUGGGAAGAACUCAGAAGUCGAAUGCAGAACGAGGACGAUAUGGAUGACGAUCCAUUCCUAUGGACACAUGUGCAGACUCCCGACUCUGUCAUCUCCAAUACGAAAAUAUAG